CAGUCUCGAUCGUACACAGUCGUAAGGAACACUACUCGGAUAGGAUUUCGAGGCUAUCCGCAUGUUAUUUUUAUUACUCCGUUUUUUUGUCCCGAACCACAGAGUGCAGUGAAAGUGAGCUUGACAACGUCAGUGAUGGUCGAUGUUAAGUAGAGACCUCGACCAUAGAAAACAGUGACAAUUGUGCGACCCGAUCGAUUAGCAUGAUUUGAGAGACAUUGUUGACACUCUUAAUUUUUUUUUUUGUGUUGUAAUCGGAAGCAGUGAUCGCGGUUCUGUACCUUGCGGGUACUACCAUGGUGACUUUAAUGCCUUGCAAUUAUCUGAAUGCUCAGACGUCCAGGUGCAGUAUGAUCGACAAAAUGUGCGAACCAAAGGUUAAAAGGGCAAGAACCGAUGUCGUCUCAGAUUCUUCAGAUAGGGAUAGGUUGGGCGUCGAAACAGGAUGUAGCCCGCAAAGUGGUCAUUCGUCUUCCACCUGUGGUAGUCCACCAGCAACCGCUGCCACUGCAAACAGUUCACACAAUUCUACUGACCCAUCUUCAACUUCCACUUCUACCUGUGUUCCUUCGCCAAAUUUCACAUCGUCAUGGUCGCUCCUAGCAGAAGCAUCUACAGGUGUUAAGAGCGAGAUAAGAAGUCCCGGAUUAACAGAAACAGAUGUGGCUGCCUUGUCUCAAGAGUCUGGCUUUUAUGGAGCAUCAGUUGAUUUGGGAAACGUCUACGACAAAGAGUACCCUGGAUCCUACACAUCAGCACAUCAGUAUUAUAAUAGCAUGCAGCAAGCGUACAGUUCAACAAAUCCAGCAGCAGCUGCUGCGGCCGCCACAUACAUGAACUCUUCAUUCUAUAAUACCUCCUCCUACCCCUAUUCUUCUCUAACAUCCACCAGAGGACUAAAUUCAGCAUGCAAGGCGACCACGGGCUACAUUUCUUCUCCAUACAGUUCUCCAGCUUCUCCUUUCCAGACUACAAGCCAAACAUCUCAAUAUUCUCCCUACGCGUCAUACAAUGCACCUGGAACUUCUAGCUUUGCACAAGGAUUUCCCGCACAGGACUAUGGAACUUAUGGCACCUACACAGACUCACAAGCAUCUCAAUUUUCAAGUUACUAUUCCAAUCAAUCUUAUUCACCAUAUGUUAGUUCACCAAGUUCUAGUGGAAGUAUAGGGGCAUCAACGUAUCAGUUAGCAACAACUUCACUAUCAGAGAGUUCUUCGAAUGGUCUGAGUUUAGUUGAAAAUUCCUCCUUACCUCUAAAAGUAGACAGUGCAAGACGAUCUCGUGAUUCCACAAAUAGCAUAGGGCCUGAGACAAGAAAUACUAGAGGCAGGGGACGGAGAACAAACACAGUUUCCCCUACCACUCCAGAAUCUACAACAGACAGAGUUUUCAUCUGGGAUCUGGAUGAAACAAUUAUUAUAUUCCAUAGUCUUUUAACAGGCGGUUAUGCAACUAAGUUUCAAAAGGAUGCUCAAAAUGUUGUGCAACUGGGCUUUAAGAUGGAAGAAAUGGUUUUCAACAUGGCAGAUUCCCAUUUUUUCUUCAAUGACCUAGAAGAGUGUGAUCAAGUGCACAUAGAUGAUGUCUCAUCUGACGAUAAUGGUCAAGAUUUAUCAAAUUACAAUUUCAGCACAGAUGGCUUCCAUGCUGCAGCGGCAACAACAACAAAUUUGUGUUUGCAAGCUGGAGUGAGAGGAGGUGUUGACUGGAUGAGGAAACUAGCAUUUAGAUACAGAAAGAUCAAAGAAACAUACAAUACAUACAGGAAUAGUGUUGGAGGCUUAUUGGGAACUACAAAAAGAGAACAAUGGAUUCAACUACGAGCUGAAAUUGAAGCAGUUACUGACAACUGGUUAACAUUAGCUAAUAAAUGUUUAACAUUAAUAAAUUCAAGAAGUAAUUGUGUGAAUGUACUUGUCACAACCACACAAUUGAUUCCAGCACUUGCCAAAGUUUUAUUAUUUGGAUUAGGAGGUGUCUUCCCUAUUGACAAUAUUUAUUCAGCAACCAAAAUAGGUAAAGAAAGCUGUUUCGAGCGUAUAGUGACAAGAUUUGGGAGAAAAUGUACUUAUGUUGUGAUUGGUGAUGGACCUGAUGAAGAAUCGGCUGCAAAAGCUUUAAAUUUCCCCUUUUGGAGAAUAAAUAGUCAUAGUGAAAUACUUGCAUUAUACAAUGCUUUAGAUAUGGACUUCUUAUGAUUCAGCAACCAAAAAAAAACAAAUUUUUAUAUAUUGUUUUAUAUGAAGAUUCUCAUUAUAUGUUUUGUGGAUGUAUUAUAAAAAAAUGUACAUACAUAAAUAUUGUAAUAAAUGUAUUAAGUUACGAAGUAUAUAAUAGAAAAAAAAGAAUUUUA